AUGCCGGUCAUUCGCGCGGCAGAGCCGGCAGCAGCGGCAUCGGUGCCGACCGCAAAGAGUGCGCCAGCCGCUGGACCUGCAGCGAGCCCGGCGUUCCGCACGGUCGAGACCAUCGCCUCCAUCACGCGACCAUCGCUGCUAGCCGUCAACGUGUCAGGAAGGCUCCUGUUCAAAUCCGGAGUAUCGCAGAGUUAUCCGGCUAUGGUGCUGCGGAUUGGUGAUGGGACUGGAUCGGUGGCGAUCAAGGCGUCGGCGGAAGGAGGUUGGUCGGAGAUCAAUGUGGACGAUUGCGUGGAAGUUCGGGGUGUGAAGGUGAAGCCGGCAUAUGCAGGUCCUGGGAUCGAGCUGCAUUACGAUGUGGAAGCGACAGGGGUCAAGCGUCGGCGCUCGGCACAAGCGUCGCAGUCUUCGGUGCACAAGCUGGAGGGGGAGCAUGACUGGCCGCUGGCAGAACUUGUCACGACUCCGCCGCCAGAGGUAGAAGAGCUGACAGAGAUGCCGAUCUUGUGGACUGCAGCGGUAGUCGUGGCAGAGGCCGGAGCACUUGAAGAGGGCCUGGAGGGCGAGAAGGAUCGGCGGGAGAUUCUGACUGCGGAAGGCCUCGUUCUCCGCCUAUGGGAGUCUCACGCCCACAUGGCUCUGCAGGCUGGCGACCGAUUGGCGAUCAAGGAAGUCACUUGCAAGGUCUUUCGAGGAAAGCCUACCUACGAUGUGUGGGCAGCCGCGAUGAUCUUGCCCAUCCCCGAGCAGGCAUCCUGA